UAUUCUCUCAUGUCAAUACAAAUGUGCAGGUCAUUUGUGUUUACUUAUGAAUCUGUUCACCUCUGCAGGCUCUGACAUGACAGGUACAGUGUGACGUCACCAGCUCCUUCCAUGAAUGAAAACAUGGCGUCUGCCAUGGAGCUGAGAUGCUGGGGAGGAGACUGGGGUUUGCCUUCUGUCCACACCGAGUCUCUGAUAGUUCUGGCAUACGCCAAGUUUUCUGGGGCAAAAGUCACAGUGUCACGUAUAGACCGGACAUGGAAAACUCUAACAGCAACAGUCCCAGAGUUGCUUUGUGGAGACUCUGCAGUUCAAGAAGCUACACAGAUUCUCAACUUCCUGCGAAAACAGAGGUUUAAUGCAGACUAUGAGCUGACAGCCAGACAAGGAGCAGACACCAUGGCAUACAUCGCUCUGCUUGAAGAGAAACUACGACCAGCUCUGUUGCACACUUUCUGGGUAGAUGCAGAAAACUACGCCAAUCUGACACGGCCAUGGUUUGCUUCACGCUCGCCGUUCCCUCUCAACUUUCUCGUCCCUAGUCGCCUUGCCAACAUCGCCCUUUCCCGCAUCCUUCUAACCAAAGGAGAGGCACCCCUACACAGAAUCACUGAGGUGGAGGGAAAGAUCUACAGUGAUGCUAAAGAGUGCCUGAAUCUCCUCUCCUACAGACUGGGAACAGCAGACUAUUUCUUUGGCAACUCGCCGACCAGUCUGGAUGCCUUUGUGUUUGGCUUUGUGGCUCCACUUUACAAAGCCAAUCUCCCCAGCAGCCCUCUGCAGAGCCACCUCAAACAGCUAGAUAAUGUCACACGCUUCUGUGACAACGUCCUUGCAGUCUACUUCAGCUCAGACCACCCUUGUCCUACCCCACCUGUUCAGGAAACAAUGGAUGCCAAUCUCCAGAAACUAACUCAGCUUGUAAAUAAAGAGUCCAACUUGAUAGAGAAGAUGGAUGACAACCUACGCAGCAGCCCCCAGCACAAACCCCACAGACCAGAACCCAAACCCAGUCUGGCCAGUGACAAGAGCUCUACCCCUGCCUAACCCUUGACCUGUCAACCCUGAUCCAGCCUAAUGAAUGGAGGAGGAACAGCCUUUAGAUGAAAGGUGCAGUUCUGAAUCUGACUCAACCUCAUCCUGAAAUCAAAAAAAUUGUCAUCCAGCUGAACUAUAACUUGAAUGGCAAAUAACUUAUGGAAGUAUGACCAUGUAAUUAUAAAAGAGACUAUUUUACAACAAGAUAAUGAUGAUAGAUUUCAAAUAUGCUAGUCUGAAAGACAAGGGAAAGUGCAUGUGUGAGGUUUUUAAAAAGGUUGAGCGCAUGUAUGUGGUUAAGGAUGGAAUGUUAUAAAGUGGUUUUCGAUGAAAGACACAGAAAGUUCAAAGGGAAGCUAAAAUGAAAGUCCAGCAGGGAAAAGAAGUGGCACUGAUUGACUUCAGAGUGGUCAGUUUUUCUUUUAACCUCUUGUUUCCCCGUUUCGUCUUCAGUAAAAAAAAUAUAUUUUAUGUUUUUCCAUUCUUCAUCACACUACAGUUGAUGCACCAUAGGAAACGCCCUCAUCUGCCUCUGAGGACAUCGAAAUUACUGACACAUUAGUCACUGUGGUAAAACCAGCUAGAGCACCUUAUGGCAAGGUUUAUUUAAUUAUCUUAUGUUACCCACUACUACUACAUUUUAGGAAUUUGUGUUUAUCACGGAGGAUCUGAGAUCCUGUAGCACCCUUCUGAGCACACGUCCUUCCUCAUAUCUACUGUAAAAAUGUUCUGUAAAUUCUAAUAACAUUUUAAUUAGCGUAAUGUAGUAUGUAUGCAUUCAGGACUACAGGAAUAACCAGUCACUUAUUUUGCUUUGCUCCCACCUCCUCUGCUUUGUAUAGCUUGUAUAGCUGUAAAUAGUUUCAUGAUUACAAUUAAUGCAAUUUACUGUGGUUUCCUCUAAUAGGGCUGAUCAGCUUGUUCACGAUCUUUGUUAAAUACAGUGAGGUAAUGGAAGGGCCUUACACACUGUAUUAACUUAUUCAUGCAAAAUAUGUGGGACUAACGUGUGUCUGUGUGUGUGAGUUUUCAGAAACCAGUGUGUCUUUCAUUAUUGUAUCUUCAGGAUGUUCUGUGUCAUUAACAAUCCACUCACAUCUGUUGUUGCCAUGAUUUUUCUUUUUUUGUGAUUUUUUUUUAAUGUUUAUUUCAUUUUGAUUUGUCUGCUGUGUUGCCAUAUGCUGUGCCUAUUUAACAGUCACCUUGUUGAAACUGACAUGUCUGUCCCAUUUGGGAAUAUCUCAUUUGCUGCCUUUUUUUGCUUUAUUUUUUUACUGUCUGAAGUGUCUGUAUUUUACUGUCAUUGUUCCCUAAUAUCGUCACAGCUCAUACAUUACUGUGUCUUAUCCAUGUUAUUGCUUCCAUGAUUUCUCAGUCUAAAAGUAGUAAUACUUGUAGAGAUACCUGGGCUUUUGCAACUUCCACAAAAGAUCACGUCAUGGUUACAUUCCCUUUAAAGCACCAUAUCUUGAAACAAAAGUCUUCAUUGGGGUAUGUGUGCAUUGCCAAACACAAAAUGUUGUUGGACUACAAACAGGUUUGUGAGGACCAUAUGGGUGCAGUGUGCCUUCAUGACUGCUAGUGUGUUUGUACAAUUCUCAAAAUGUGUCCUUUAUAAUUUUGAUACAUUGUCAUAAAUUAUCUUUACAUUUCUGUUACAGUUGUUCAUUCUCUGUGGAUGGUUGGUAACAACUGACUUCAUAUUAUAUAAAUACAUAUAUGAUAAGCCAGCCAUGGCUACUGUCUUUUUUCCCAAGAAAAAUAUAACUUAAUAUGAUGUCACUGAAUGUAACUAAACAGUCAACUGGGGCACAAAUUAAAUCGUAUAAAAGCUGUGUACUUUCUAUUUUGUGUUAUAAAUGAUAUAGUAGAUAUUUCCUCCAUCCUUUAAGCCUUUGCAGCAAGGCGUGCUAUUGGUGGCUUGUUUUUCCACUAAUAGUUACAGAAGAUUGUGUGAUCGGUUGUUUAGAAGUUUGGAGGACAGAGAGCUCUUUGUUUGUUGUUGGCCUUAGACAUGGAAAAAUGAGAGUAAUGAAGCUGAAAGGAUAUGAUGCAUACUUGAUAUCAGAUAUUGUCGAAGUCAUCAGUCACAUGAGGCACAGACUCCUGCUGAGGCUUCUGUUGGCUGGCUUUUUAAUGGGUGCGGUAAAGGGAAAUAAAUAGCACAUUUGGAUCUGUUGUCAAUUUGUGCUAAAAUAAAUAUCGUACAUGUUUGUAUCUUUUGAAAUACAGUGAUUUUUUUUGCCAUCCUUUUCUUCUGUUUCUCAGGGUUAGAUCACAUCAAAUAGUGUCAAAGAACUAUGUUGAGAAGAGGUACUAAAAGAGCCCUUAGUCUGCACCCAACAGAUGCAAAUCCAUCCCAAGUUCACCUCCAAUAAAAUUUGUUCCAACUUCCUAGCCCAGUGUCAUCAGGAAGGCAGAGAAGAGAAUCCAGUAAAAUGAGGCUGUCACUUUCCAAUGAGCUUGCAGCUGAGCAGUCCAACAGAUCACAUGGAAGCCAGCAGCUGCUCCCUCCUCCUCACGCUGUUUCCCCAGAAAUGAAAAAA